CCAAGCAAACGACGUACUAGUGCUGGUUCCGGGAGCAUGGAGCAGUCUCCGAAAAAACCAAAGGGGACACCGAUGGCUGGCGUGGGGGCUCGCGACACACCGGGGUCUAAGGGCCACCGAACCCCGGUGCUGCGGGGUGCACCUUCUACGGGCACUCCUUCCGCUCAUGUUCGAGGUUCGGGACCGGAUUCGGCUGUGCUGAUGAGUGGUGGGCCUGCGGGUCGAGAAGAGGAGGCUACUGGUCGGCAGGGGAAAUCUGCGAUGGACGUUGUGCCGAGGCAUAAAAGGUCUGGUGACACGUCCGCUGCAGGUGUGGGAGACGAGGUGCCUGUCGUCAACCACAAAAACAAGUGCUGGAUGUUGGACUGGGUGGGUGGAAUCGGGGAACGCUCGGGUGGGCUGGUUUUGUACGUGGUGAUAAAAGAUAACAUUGUUCCGAUUGGCGGUGUGGUUAAGUGGAGUGGAGAAAAAUCACCGUCGGCCAUGUUGGAGUUGACAAUGGUCCCUAACGCUAGAGGGUAUGAGCCGGUGGUGCAUGCUUCCGACCGCAUAUCUGAACCGAAAAGCGUGCUUUCGUCGUCUUUGGAGGCGGCUCCGUCGUCGAAACCGAUCAUUAUAGGUGCCCGCCCUCCGCCACCAAUUCGGACUACGGUUGCUGCAACACGAGUUCCGAAAUCAGGGCAGAUCGGGGAGAAAGGUCCGUGUCGCGGCCAAAUCGUGUCGUCAGCUCCUGUGAAGCGUAGACCAACAUCAACCAAGGAACCCGUUUCCUUGGUCCGCCCGUCGCGCUAUGAGUUGGCCAUUCCUGCUGGGUCGCAUUAUUUUGGAGAUGACGACGACGAGAACAACGAAGAAGAAUGGGAGCGUGAUGAAGAACGUGAAGAAUGUGAGGAGGGUGGCGAAGAAGAGGAAGUAGAGAGUGCACAUACAAUCAGCGAGAGGGGUGGGCCGGGCGAGUUGGAGGGUCGUCUAGGGGUUGAGUAUGAGGACGAAGGGCAAGAAGAGGAAACGACCGGCGAGGGAGGGUAUGCAGAUGUGCAUCGGGGUUCCAAACGAACGCAGCUGCUCGCGCCGGGUCAUGGGCAUUGGGAAGCAGAUCCAGGGCGCGGGGAAAUGCACCGAGAAGUUGGGGUCGAGCCGGCGCAUGCUGAUGCAGUACAACUAGCUGAGAAGAAAAGGAAGAUGAGGCAAUAGAGGAGAAGUGCUAUGGACAGUAAGAAAACCAAGCAGGAGGGGGGAGCCAAGCAAGAGGAGGGCAAGCGCAAGUUGAAAAUGCU